AUGCAGCCAAUUGGCAAACGCGCACGGCAGGCAUGCAUCGCGUGCAACGCGCGGCGCGUCAAGUGCACUGUGACCGAGUCGAUGCCAUGUCGGAACUGCCUGGUGGACGGGCAGCAGUGUGAGGUGCGGGAGUCGCGGCGAGGCAAACAUCCGAGAAAGCGGACAGCGGCAUCCAAGACGGCAUCGAAAACAACGUCCAUUACGACGUCAACGUCGGCGCCGUCGACGCGCGGCGACGAAGUCGCUGCAUCUGAAGCCCUGGUCACGUUGCUGAGAGACCACGACAGCGAACGCGACCACGACUACAAACACACAGACGCUGAGCCCCACCGCAUAUCCAUCGCGCCAGUGACACCAGUGACGAUGCCGGCCGCACAGCAUGGUGCCACAAAUACCGAAGCGGACGCCGAUGCAGAAACAUCGUCCGUCUUUUUGGGCGAGUCCAAUACCCUACGAUACGUCCAAGCUGACGCCGCUGACAACUGUGCCGUUACGCCGCCCGACAGCACGUCGCCCAGCAGCACGACCGCUCACCUCCUCCACCAAGUGCCCCAGGCCGACGCGCACGACGUGGAGAGCAAGGCGAUGCUGAUGAUGCCGGGCGGUGACAGAAAUGGCGGGCGUCUGAGCGACGGUUGCCGCAGCGGCGGAAACGGCAUGCCGAUCUGGGCGGCUGAGCGACGACGCAUUCAGAUGCAAUUUCUGCAGACCGCCGGUGCCCUUACUGUCCCGCCCGCUGCGACCGUCGACCGGCUGCUCGACGCCUACUUCCGCUGGUUCCACCCGUGCUAUGCCGUCGUAGACGAGGCCGACACACGCCAGAAACAAAAGGCGGGCACACUGUCGCCGCUCCUCCUACAGGCCAUGCUUUUUAUCGGGGCAAUCCAUGCUGGCGGUGGCGGCGGCAUAACAGAAGAUGACGACAACGAUAACGGACACAACACGACGCAGCGACAUAAAUACAUCUACUACAACCGCUGCAAGGACUUGUACGACGCCGACUACGAGCGCGACAAGGUGACUGUCAUUCAAGCCGUCUUUCUCAUGAGCUUCUGGCGUACGGGGCCCUUUUUGGAAAAAGACACGCGCCACUGGUUGGCGACGGCCAUCAGCUUGGCCCAGAGCAAAGCCAUGCACCGGUCGACUGUGCGGGUGGCAAGCGUGGUGGCCGCGUCGGGGACGACGUCGAGCGCAAAGGCGGGAACGUCGACGACGACGACAGGCGGAGCGCCCGCUCGUCAGCUGCGCCAGCUCAAACAGCGGCUCUGGUGGAGCAUCUACACGCGGGAGCAGCAGUGUGCCGCCGCGCUCGGACUACCCAGCCGCAUCCGCGACGAAGACUGCGACGUCGCCAUGCUGCAGGCCCACGACUUUGAAUUUGCAUUCGCGGGCGCCGUGCAUCAUGACGGCAUCGCGUUCCAGGUCGGGGCCACCGGGCUUGCACGCAUCAUGGGCACUAUCAUCCGCCAGGGCUACGCGCCUGGCCAGGCCCUGACGGCCGCCUGCAAAGCCACGCUCCGCAAAGAGCUGCGGGCAUGGAAGCCGCCUCCGCUCGACGCCCACUCGCCGUUCUUGGAGUGCACGGAGGAAUUCUCAGAGACGUACUCGGAGGACCCGGCCGGGAGCAGCGCCACGCCGUCCACGUUUUACACGCGCCUCCUCCACUUGAGCUACAACAACCUGCUGAUUUUGAUUUACCGCCCGGCCUACAUCAGCCAGAGUGCUUCGCAUGCCGCGGAGGGCGAAUGCCGCAUUGCACUCCACGCCGCCACGCGGAAUUCGCGCAUUGUCGAAGACCUCGUGGCUGUUCCGUCCCUUCUGGCCUGCCUGCGGCACGCUCCCGUCCACACCAUCACCAACCUGUUCAACACGCUCUGCAUGCAUACCAUUCACCUGCGCCGGCUCGCUGCACAACGCCGGCCUGGGCAGCCGGGUGCCACUGGUGCCGUCGCUGGUAGGAGCUAUGGCACAAGCAGCGGCACGGCCACGGGCGGUGUUUUGACCAUUGCCGAGCACCGCGCCAAGGUCUGCCUGCUCGGCCUGCAGGAGCUCCAGCGCACCUGGGACGUCCGCAACUGGAUUCUAGAGCUCUUCUUCCGCUACCUGGACCGGUCUACCGCGGCGCGCCUGUCUGUCGGCGCCGGGACCUUCCCGGGAACUAAUACCAAUACGAGCAUGGCCGUCGGCGAUCACACUGUACGCGCAGCCAUAACAACCGCCACCUCCCCAGCACCGGACUCGGACGGUGCCGGGGUUCUAACGGGGACUGCAUCCGGGCCGUGGCCGGCAAUGUCCUUGAGCAAUCCGGCCCACCAGUUUUCCAUCUUUGCCUGCAUCGAUGGCAUCGACAGCAAUGAGCGGCCCAGUCUCACAUGUGCAGACCCAUCGCCGAUGAGCGGGUCCGACCUGCUCUCCCACACCCCAUGGGCAGAGGCCGUGCCCACGCUAGAAGAACAGCAAACUUACCUCUUCUCGCAGAUGGAGACAGACCACCUAGCCCUGGGCGAAGGCGGCGGGCUCUGUGGUUAUUGGGGGUCGUUGGACAAUACCACCGUGGCUCUGGCGUCCAAUGUCGGUGUCGACAGCACGACCGACAUAUUGGGGAGGGAGUGA